AUGUGACAACUGACAGUUCCGGCAGCUCAUUAGCGCAGCAAAGUAGUUCGCUGGAAGAAAAUCAAUCAAUAAUAAUUGUCCUAAUGUUUAAUUCCCAAUAAUAAAAUUAUAUGUCUGAUACAAAGUGACAAUGAAAUGGGUUCCCCAAUUUUGGUUUUUCCAAAGUUGUAUAAUAAUUCUCUGUUUAGUCAGGAGUUAUUUGGGCGAACUACAGGACCCAUACAAAAUCUUAGGAAUACACAGAAAAGCUUCUUCUCAAGAUAUAAGAAGAGCCUAUUUACAAUUAGUUAAGUCUUGGCAUCCAGAUAAGUCUAAUGAUCCAUCAGCAAGUGAAAAGUUUGUUCAGAUAAAACAAGCUUAUGAAUUGCUGUCAGAUCCAGAAAGACGAAAAAGAUUUGAUCUAAAAGGAAUAACUGAAGAUGACUUUCAUACCCGACCUGAACGAUCUCCUUACCCUGGUGAUCCAUUUGAAGAAAUGUUCAGCCAUCACAACCAUUUCAGCAAUCAAGAAAAUGAUAUUACAUUCUUUCACAAGUUGUCUAUCAAUUCAAGGCAGUAUGAAAAACAGAUAGUACCAAAAAGUUCCAUUACCCCAUAUUUAAUAUUUUUUUAUACCGAUUGGUGCUUCCCAUGCCUUCAGGCAGUUCCACACUGCAGAAAGUUGAUUGAUCAUUUAGAGCCAUUGGGAAUCAAUUUUGUAACUGUCCAUUCAGCACGUGAAUUAAAUCUAGCUAGGAAGCUUAGUAUUCACACCCUUCCUUGCUUAGUGUUGCUGCUAGAUGGAAAUUCAUAUGUGUUUAAAGAUAGCGUCAUUAGUCUGAGUAGACUUAUUGAGUUUAUCAGACAAAAAAUGCCUUAUAAGUUAGUGCCUAAAAUCAAGGAGGAUGAUUUAGAAGAAUUUUUGAGUGGAUGGGAGGAUAACAAAGUGAGGGGGUUGAUUUUUGAGCCUAGAGGAAGUAUGAGGUUAAGAUAUUUAGUGACUGCCUACCAUUUCAGAUAUAGAGUUUCUUUUGGGUUUGCAGAUUCUGAUGAAAUCCGUUCCAAAUUCCAAGUACCUUAUGACAUGGACACUGUACUUUUGUUCAAUGAAAAUACUUCUCGACCAAUGACAAGUGUCAGUAUGAAAGACAUACCUACCUCUACCCUCCAUCACAUUAUCUCUUCAAAUCAGUAUUUAACCCUUCCAAGAUUGUCAUCACAGGAGGUUUUUGAGGGACUCUGUCCAUGCGAAUGGCAUAGGCCGCGGAAAAAGCUAUGUGUUAUUUUGGUAACUGAGGAAUCUAGUAAACAUAAUCCCCAUCGUGAAGCUUUGAGAACCUUCGCUCAGAAUUCUCCCUAUGGACUGGAUAAAGUUAGAUUUGCUUAUAUUUAUCACGGAAAGCAGAUGGAGUUUGUGAACUCAUUGAUACCAGAGGGAUCACUUGUUGAACCAAUGCUAAGAAUAGUAAUUUUAUGGAGAAGGGACGUUUCUCAUGUGAAAUAUGAAUGGCUGAAUGACAAAUGGGAAUCAAACUACGAUUUUAAUGAUAGUUUCCAUAAGUUAGAAUCUUCAAUUACUCGGUUACUCAAAGCAAACGAAGCUUUGAGUUAUGAAGGAUUUAUCAAGGCAUUAUUUGAUGAACAUGCGAAGGGCAUAUGGGGCCGAAUUUUCACAAGAGUUAUAGCUUUUAUUGAUUCUCUUUACGAUGGGAUUGGAAAAGAACAAAUAUUACCUAUAGUUUCUGUAAUAGGAACGGUAUUAUUUAUACUAUUGGUGGGAUACCUUAUGGCAUAUUUGGUUCGCUUGGAGGAAGAAGAUGUGAAAAAGCGUAAUGCUAACUCAGGAAAUAAUAAUAAUGAACUGUCGAAUUACCAGCCUGAGCUUAAGCUCCAUGAGUUGCGAGCUGAAAAAUAUAAUGGCCUUCUUCGUCUCCUCAAACCAGGUUGCCGAACAAUUCUCCUCAUUUUAGAUAUGCAGUCCCGACAACAAUUGAUACCACCUUUUCACAAAGCUAUGUGGCCAUACAGAAAGAAUAAGUCAUUGAUGUUCGCUUACAUGUACAUUGAGAGGGGUCUCAGUUGGUAUAAAGAGCUGCUGCAGUUGGCUCUGCCCGAAGACUCUGAACUGGCAAUCAAUCCCAGAAAUUGUGUGGGUACGGUGCUGGCUCUGAAUGGCCAUCGGAAAUAUUUCUGUAUGUUCCAUGCUAAACAUUCUGAAAGGAAUGGUAAAAAGGGACAUUUGAAGUCCACGAAGUCGACACCUCGUAGCCAUGGAGAUCCUGAAAGUGGGGCCUUCAUUGGUUUCGACUCCAGCUCUGAAUCAGAUGAGGAGGUGCUUUUAGAAGGAAAUCUGCUUGAUGGUCUGCCAAAUUGGCUUGAUCGUCUUUUCGAAGGUUUGACCCGUCGUUAUCAUUUUAACUAUUGGCCAGAUUUCCCCAAUAAAUAGGCUGUAAACUGCUUUUGGCAUCAGUCUGCCUGUGUUUAUGGUAUAAGUUAUUUAUUUAUAUUUAUUUAAAUUGCAUAACGAUAAUUGUACAUAUAUUUAAAAUGAUUUAAAUGCUACAUUGUAGUGAAGUCUUUCAAUUGAGAAAUUUUCUUCGAGGAGACAUUUUCUUGAAAAAUAAUUUUUGUGUUAUUAUUUAUUUUCACAUUUUGUUACAACUUUUACUAUCGUGGUUCUGUUGACUGCAGAAAAAGUUAUAUAUACCUCAAACCAUACUUCCUUUCGCAAUUGCCAUAACUUAAAAAAAAUUUAAUUCCAAGUAAAUUGAUAUGUGUUUAUGGAAUUCAAAAAAAACAUGUAUCCAGUGUGUGCUUUAUCGUCUGUAUGUAUGUAUGAAUUCGGGACCAUUUUCUAUGAUACACAACAAAUUUUUUAAGGAACACUAAUAAAUAUUUUAUUAGGGAUGAAUUAACAGUCUUAUUCUAGUUCCAAAGCGUAGAUUCCAAAUAAUCUCAUAGAUGCAUAGUGAAUGGCCUCCCAUCUUUUCUCCUGAAAUUGGUAACAAGCCCUUGAUUUUCAUUUAUUGCAAGAAUUUUUUCUAAGUUUGUAUUUUUUAUUCUUCUACAUGAAAUCAGAUUUUUUUUGGUAUUCUUAGAGUUCGAAGUGGAGGUGCAUGGAUUGUUGUUAUCACCAAUUAGUCCAGGAAUGUUAUUGCUCAUUUUGUAAGCAUAAAACUGAGUUGAGAUUCAAAAUUUUUAGGAACAAUUCAUUAGUUCUUUGAUGAGUUUUAUACUAUAAAUUUUGGAUACCUACUUAUCUUAGGAAAUUACAUGUUUUAUGAAUACUUUAAUUGUUUGAAACCAUCUCUGUAGGAUUUCUACCCUCUGUUUGCAAUCACCAAUCAAUUCAUAAUGAAGAAGUGUUGAUUUGUGUAUCCCUUAGUACGAUCAAUAUUUUUUUAACCAUUUUUCAGUUCUGAAAUGGCUCUUAGAAUAUCAAAAAAUAGUUUUUUGAGGUGAAUUAGUUGUAUAAGAAUUCCGAUAUUAGCUCAAUUCCAACUUUUUGAGAAUCUUUCAGAAAUUGUUAUAAGCCAAUUAGUGUAGGUUUUUUAUCGACUGCUGAGUUAUAUUGUAUUUCAAAUUCGAUGUUGGAAUAUUUGUUGUACAUUUUAAUUGAUUGUACAAUGAAAAGUUUCUAGACAUUUGAAUGAGCUUUUGUGAUUUGUGAUAGAUAUGCAGCACAUCACAUAUCUCAAAAAGUGCUCUGCACUCACGAUUCACAAGUAGUUUCUUGAAAGACAGUUCAUGCUAAUUCUUAAUAUGAGAUUAUUCUAGUCAACAUUCAAUCAAACAUUAGUUUAAGGAAGAGCUGCCAAAGAUUUGAGCAAAAGCCAUUACAUUUAUCCCUCAACUAUUGAAGAGUUUAUUUCUUAUAUUUCGAUGCAUUCAUAAUAUGGAAAAUACAUUGACUUCAAUAGAUUGUUAAUUCGAAUAGGAUAGUUAUAGUAAUUGAUAACAUUUCUAUAAAUAAUGAAUUGUUAGAUAAUAAAGUUUUGAAACUUG